UAAUUACCGCCGCCCACUUCAUCUCUCAUUGCUCCCAAGGAAGUAGUCUUACUCUUUACUUAACUACUACUUAAUUAUCUGGAACUCUCCCACCUUCCUCCUCCCCAAGAGUUCUUCCACCCACCUUUCGUUUUUGUUUCUUCUCACUCAGCAAGCAACAACGUCCUUGCGCCUGCUGCUUUCCCUCCCACACUCGCUUUCCAGCACCACACACACAAUCGUUGACCUCGAUCUCACUGAUCACCACCACUAUCAUCAUGUAUUUCACCUACGCCGCCGCCGCUGCGCUCUCUGCAGUUAUCCCUCUCUGCGCUGCACAGACCUACACCGACUGUAACCCUCUGGAGAAGACUUGCCCUGCUGAUACAGCUCUGAGCUCUUCCACUUUCACUUCCGACUUCACUCAGGGCGAGUCUGCUUUUGCUGGAUGGACUGCCACUGCCAACAACGUUACCUUUGACGAGAAUGGUGCUGCGUUCACUGUUCACCAGAGGGGUCAGGCCCCCACUAUCCAGACCAACUUCUACUUCUUCUUCGGCAGAGCUGAGGUUGUCAUGAAGGCUGCUGGUGGUACUGGUAUUGUCAGCAGUAUCGUGUUGGAGUCGGACGACCUGGACGAGGUUGACUGGGAAGCUCUGGGCGGCGACACUACCCAGAUCGAGACCAACUACUUCGGCAAGGGUGAUACUACCACUUAUGACCGCGCCACCUGGGUUGGCAUCUCUUCUCCUCAGGAGAACUGGCACACUUACACCAUUGACUGGACCGAGACUGCUCUCAAGUGGUACGUCGAUGGUAACCUAGUCCGCACUCUGGCCUACGCCGACGCUUCUGGCGGCACUCGCUUCCCCCAGACUCCCAUGAACCUGAGAAUCGGUAUCUGGGCUGGUGGUGACGCCGACAAUGCUCCUGGUACCAUCGAAUGGGCCGGCGGUCAGACCGACUACAGCAAGGCUCCCUUCACCAUGUACGUCAAGUCGGUUUCCAUCACCAACAACAACCCCGGAUGCAGCUACACCUACGGCGACAAGUCCGGUAGCUACGGCAGCAUUGUCGUGAACAAGGACGGCUGCGACGUCACCGGUGGCUCUUCUUCCUCUGCUGCUGCUUCCUCCUCCACCGCCUCCACUGCUGCCUCUUCUGCCUCCUCCGGCUCUGGCGCUGGCUCCUCCACUGGUUCCUCCACCGGCGCGUCCGUCAGUGCUAGCGCUACCGGCGGUGUGAUUGCUAACAGUGCUGGUGUUGGUGCCCUCGUCUCGGCUGCUGCUGCCUCUACCCCCGCCGCUGCUGCUUCCUCUGGCGCCAUCGGUGGUGCUGGUGCUGCCGCCUCUUCCUCCGCCGCCGCCGCCUCUUCCUCUGCUGCGGCUGCCGCCUCCGCCUCCGCCAGCGGUCUCUUCACCGGUGCCGCCGCCUCCACCGUCAGCACCUCCAUGGGCGCCAUGCUCCUCGGUGUCUUCUCCGCCAUGCUGUGCCUGUAAAUCACUUUUCCCUCCGGAAAUUUGAUUCUAUCCUUCUCUCGACACAGUCAUGAUACCUUCCACCCCCUUUCCCUUUUUGAUCAAUCAUCUUCUCUGCAUAGCUCUUUUUAACACCACUUUCCCCCAAUCUGUACCUGUACGGUUUGUAC